AUGAACGACUCCAUCUCUGAAUCUUCUGUGCACAAAUCUUCCAUCCCCACUAAAGUCGAGAUGAGCCAGAAUGAAAAGUACAGUGAGGCUCCGAGUGAACCGCCCACUAUCCCUCCCCCGCCUGAGCAGUAUGCCUGGAGUCGAGCGAGGGAGUACUGCCAAGAUGCCUUUUCAGAAUUCUUUGGUACUUUCAUUCUUCUCCUCUUUGGUGACGGCGUCGUUGCUCAGGUUGUUCUCAGUCGAGGAACAAAGGGAGAUUACCAGAGCAUCUCAUGGGGAUGGGGCCUCGGUGUCAUGCUUGGAGUAUACGUUGGCGGUAAAUCAGGUGGUCACUUGAACCCAGCCGUGACUCUCGCCAACUGUAUAUUCAGAGGUCAUCCGUGGAGAAAGUUCCCCGUGUAUGCCGUUGCUCAAGUCCUCGGAGCCAUGUGUGCUGCUGCCGUCGUGUAUGGCAACUACAAGUCUGCCUUUGAUGCUUAUGAAGGCGGACCAGGAAUUCGAACAGUGAUUGGCGAGAAUGCAACUGCCGGUGUAUUCUGCACGUAUCCCGCGGAAUUCAUGACACGCACUGGCAUGUUCUUCUCUGAAUUCAUCGCCAGCACGAUUCUGCAGUUUGUCAUCUUCGCUAUGGCUGAUAGCGCUAACAUUGGUGCUGGUCCUUUGAUGCCGCUUGGCUUGUUCUUCCUGAUCUUUGGAAUUGGUGCUUGCUUCGGCUGGGAGACUGGUUAUGCCAUCAACCUCGCUCGUGAUUUUGGUCCUCGUUUGGUUUCGUACAUGAUCGGAUAUGGAAGUGAGGUCUGGUCUGCUGGCGGGUACUACUUCUGGAUUCCCAUGGUGGCACCCUUUAUGGGAUGUGCUUUCGGCGGCCUUCUGUAUGAUGUCUUUAUCUAUACAGGACCCAGUCCGAUCAACACGCCAGGCAUGGGUCUCCCACGUCUCUUGAGCCCUCGUCGCUCAACGUGGUCCAACACUUACAGUGCUUCCUCUCCCGUAUAG